AUGAACUCGUACUUUGAGCAGAGCCCGGGUGGCUUCUAUGGAAGCCAUCAUCAUCAAACCGGUGCUGCGAGUCAGCAUCACGAUCCCGCGACAGCGGCAGCCUAUCGAAGCUUUCCUCUUGGGUUAGGCAUGUCACCGUACGCUUCCAGUCAGCAUCAUCAUCACACGUCCGGUACUUUGGGUAUACACCCAGGAGGUGGUAGCAACACAAGACCACCACAGGAUUCGCCGUACGACGCGAGCGUCGCGACGGCUUGCAAGCUUUAUUCGACGACACCAGAGGCAACCGGACACACGACUUCCUCCUAUUCGACGACAGCGAGCAAAGAUUGCAAACAACAAGAUCAAACGACGGCCCAUCAGAAUGGAUAUGCCGCGGCGAUGGCCGUGGCCGCUGUCAAGGACGUUUGGCAGUCGGCGACCUCUGCUACCAACGGUCAGACCAAUUCGGUUGUACGUCCUUCCGCCUGCACGCCCGAGGGCACGAGGGUCGGUACCUACGGCGGCCUCGUGGGCGGCGAUCCGGCAUCGAGUCCCGGCAACAACGGCACCUCGAGGUCCCUCGCCUCCACCUGGAACACCUGCAGUCUCAACUCGACCGCGAGCCAACCGGUCGCCACGCAACUCCAUCAGCAACCCGCCAAUCAUACCUUCUACCCCUGGAUGGCUAUAGCAGGUAAGGACGAUAUUGCUAAGCCACAUUGGACAUGGUUGCAAGGAGCGAACGGACUGCGCAGGCGCGGCCGACAGACCUACACGCGUUAUCAAACGUUGGAACUGGAGAAGGAAUUCCACACGAAUCACUACCUCACCAGGCGGAGGCGGAUCGAGAUGGCACACGCACUAUGUUUGACAGAACGGCAGAUCAAGAUAUGGUUUCAGAAUCGACGGAUGAAGCUGAAGAAGGAAAUACAAGCGAUAAAAGAAUUGAACGAGCAAGAAAAGCAAGCGCAAGCGCAAAAAGCAGCGGCAGCGGCCGCGGCUGCGCAUCAGCAACAAGGUGGCGGUGGGGGUCCUGAGGGGGGUAACUAG